CACUUACUUAAUGGCGGACCACAAUUUUCGAAGCUGUACUGUACAAUAAAGUCCUUAUACCUCUACGAAACACUGGUGCACAAGACCUAUAAUAGAAAUUAAUAAUAACGGAUCAAGCCAGGCCCGUUUGGAUAAAAGAGUUGCGACAACGCAAGUUCCAACUGAAUGGUCACGUGAUUCACAUUGUCGCGGGCAUCUUGAUGAUACUGACAGACAUAACCAACAGAGCUCCGACUUUUGAUACACACUCCCGUCCAGAAGGUGGCGGAAUGCACCUAUAAGUUGCUUGCCAACCGCCAUUAAUCACACGAAGAAGAAGAAGAAGAAGAAGCUAAAGAUGAUGGCGGCCUGCAUGUCCCUUCAGUCCACCGUGCUCCGCAGUGCGCUGCGAGGAGCCAUCAGCCUGCACAUCCGCUCACCGGGGCCUCCUGCCGCGGCUGUCGGGCUCAGGUUUGUCUGUAAUGCUGCUCCAGACAAACCAAAGAGGUUGAUAAAUGAAUCUACGGAGGAAUACAAGUUUGUAGAACGGCUCAUCCCACCGUCACGAGUCCCGGCUCCGCCUAAACAUGCAGGUCCCACUCCGUCCGGCUGGACCCCUCCUGCAGAUUCACCGCCGCCUCUGCCCUACAUGAUCCGCCGCUCCCGCAUGCACAACAUCCCAGUCUACACCGACCUGACCCACGGCAGCCGUAAGACCACGCUCGUACGGAAAGUGGAGGGGGACAUCUGGGCUCUGGAGAAGGACGUGAAGCAAUACCUGAAGGAGGUGACGGGCAAAGAGCUGCCCACACAGGUCAAUGAGGUCACCAUGACCCUGGCGGUCAAAGGUCAUGUGGACAAUGAGCUGAAACAAUGGUUGCUCAGCAAAGGCUUCUGACUGCAGUGAUGAAGCAGUGCUGAGCUUCCAGGACUGUCACAGCAACAUACGCAGGGGGCAUAGAGCUGUCCAUGUGGAGAUGGAGAGGACCGCUGGGACCUGACUGGGAUCAGCUGGCAUCUCAACACCUUAAACAUUGUCCUACCGUGCUUUAAAUUCCAUUUAAAUCCAUAUGGAAGGACAGUUUUUGACUUUUGCCACUUUAUUGAACUUUCUUAAGACACCAGAGAAAUUGUGAAGUUGUGAGAUCAUCAGCUGUUUAACAGUGUACAUACGUGUAUGUUAUGAAUGAAACAUUAAAUAUAAAAGCAUAGCCA